UAGUAAAUUCCAGUACGUCAAGUUGUUUCUAAAGAUUCCAAACUUGUUUUGUUUCGAGGAUUGUGCUUAUUAUUUAAAAAGUUGAAAGUGGUCUAACUGUUAAAGCCAUACAAAAUGGGUUUCUGUGUAGAAAGUGCUCGUGUUAUGUUGAUUAUUUUCAACUUUAUAUUUUGGUUAUCUGGAGUAGCAUUAUUAGGUGUUGGUAUAUGGUUUUUAGCUGAUAAGAAUAUUGUAUCCUACCUAGAGGUUGUAAAUCAUAAUGUACCUAAUGCUUACAUCAACUAUGCUGCGUAUAUACUUAUUGCUUUCGGAGCUUUGAUUUUCCUCAUUGGUUUCCUUGGAUGUUGUGGUGCCAUUAGAAGAAGUAAAUGCCUGAUUGGAUUUUAUCUAUUUUUCUUGGUGAUAAUUUUCGCUGGAGAAUUGGCUGCUGGUAUCAUUGUUGCUAUUUAUAGAACUGAGAUUGAGCAUAGCGUGGACAAGGAGUUAAGUAACUCUAUUAAGAUGGAAUAUACUUUUGCUAAUGAAUCAGCUAUCACCAAAUCGUGGGACACUGUUCAAGUUGAGUUGAAAUGUUGUGGUGGUAAGGGACCUGAUGAUUAUAUGAACAGUAAAUUCACCAACAUGUCUGGAAUAAUCAUACCUAUCUCAUGCUGUGUAUUGUCUGAUACAAACAAUAUGGUGGCUAAAGAUAAAUCACAAUGUAUGAAUAAAGUACCAGAAUAUUACCAUGAAGAGGGAUGUAAAAAGAAAUUGAUUGAAUGGGUUAAAUCACAUUCUGUUAUAUUGAUUGGUGUGGGAUGUGGCUUGGCUGGUUUACAGAUUAUUGGAUUUAUAUUUGGUAUCUGUUUAUGCCGAUCAUUUAAAUACGAGGAGAAAUAGACUGUCAUCAGCUUACUUAAGAAUAUAGUUUAACUGAUAAUAAAAAUUCGGGUGGUAAAUUUUAAAAAUAUAAUGCAGCAUAUAAUGGAAAAGAAAUAGCAUUUUGAAAAUUUAAGUUUUUAUUUAAAAAAUGAUAACCCCUUUUGAUGCAAUUGAAAUUUUUAUAGCUAUUUUUAGUUUUGAUUGGUACGAUUUGAAUUUGGUUAUAACUAAAAAUUAAUACUUAUUAACUAAAGCUCAUUGAUUAUGGUAAAUUUAGUAUGACCUGUCAUUUGUAAUCAUUUGAUUGGUCAAUCAUUAAAUAAAUUUUGAACUUGGGUUGAGAGAUAAUUUCUUGAAAUUUUGUGAAACUAAUGAUGUAAUGUGCCUGGAUUAUAUAUUAUACCCUAUGACCAUUUUGAUCUGGUCCAAGAAUAUAUGUAUAAUAAUUGAGAUGCUUGCAUGACAGGAGAGUUCAUUCACAUGUUUAGGAAAACUUCAUCACCAUUUACACUUUAUCUAGAAAAGAAAUUGAUGAAUAUUUAAUUUGUUGAAAUUAAUCGACCGAAUAUUAUGAAAAAGGAUGGUUUUUAAGAAAUUGUUCAUAAAAAUAAUGAUUAAUAUAAAUAACAAUAUCAAUUCUUGGUUGUUGUUUAUUAAACAAUUUCUUAUCAUUUUUUUUAUCUGUAAGAUAUAUCAUAAAAGUUAAGGAAAAAAUAUAUCAUUUCCCUUGUAUUUAAGAGGAUGUUAUACUCUUUUAACAGAAGGUGAAGUGGUCUCAAUAUUCUGUGUUCAGAACCACAUGUCACAACUUUAAAUCACCAUAUUUUGGUACUUUUUCUAUAAUAUUUAAUCAAGCUGAAGUAUUAAUGCUCAAUAUAUUUAUUAUUAAAUGAUAUUAGUAUAUUUUAGAUAAGUAUUCUUUCUAUUAUUAUUGUUAUACUAAGGGUGAUAUAUCUCAUUGUCAUACAGCAUCUUCAUCAGUUAGCAAUUACAUACACCUUACACACAUGACAGACUCCAAACAAUGUUUUCUUGACUAAAGUCCAAUGUCUGUCUUAAGCAUCUUAUUAGCCAGUCAUGUUUCUCUUUUAGCUCAAAAUAUCCGACAGUCUAGUUGCUCAUUAGGACAUUUUUUUCUGUUUACUUUUUUAAGAGAUAAGCUCAAAACAAUGUAAAUGUCUUUGAAAAUCAAUUCAAUUUGUUUAUUUAUUGCCAAUACAGUUUAAGGGAUGAAAAGUUUUUAAAAAAUGUUUUUAAAGCUACCAUGAUUGAAAUGGAAAUGAUGCUAUACUAAGAUAAGGGUCUAAUUUUUUAUUUGGUCAAAUUAUUGUCCUAAGUUAGACCAGUAAAAUGGUUAAAGAAAAAAAAUUUAAAUUCUUAUUCCUGUACAUGUUUAGAGAGAUGAUUUCAUUGAUUGCCUAUAUUCUUGCGUUUCCUUUUUCAGCAUUCUUCAGUUUUUAUCAUUUAUUUUGUAAAAAUAUCAUUUCUAAAUGUUUCAGCUUCAUAAACAUUAAUUAGAAAUAUAGUCCUGGAUUUUCUACCCCAUUAUUUGUUCUCUGUGUGUAUAUAAUUCAUUUUGUAUAUUUUCAUUCAGUAGACAUUAAAUAUUAGCCAUGUAUUAUUUGUUGGUGCGUUAG